AUGGGCGAGAGCGAUGAGCGCGCAGAUCCAGAGCACGCGAAGGCCAAGCGCGAGAGCCAUCGCGAGAAGAGCAAUCGCGAUGGCCGACAGCCGGCCUUGCCUACGGAAGGGUUGUAUCCCGACGCAGCGGCGAGCCGCGCCACGUUCCCCGGCGCGGAGCGAGCGCAUCACGCUGGAACCGAACGCGAGGCGGGCUAUGGACGCGGGAAACAGCGAGGAAACGGGAAUCCGCGCGCGAUCUCGACGCCAGACAUGGCGCACAACACGCCGCCGCCUCAGAAUUUCUCGGUGAGCACGCCGCAGCCGAACCAGAUGGCGAUGCCGUCGCAGCCGAUGAUGGUGUCGAUGACGUCGGACGGACAGGUGAUGAUGCAGUCGCUGAUCCCGGUGCUGACGCCCGAGGGGCAGAUGAUGAUGCUGAACGGGAAUCAGAUGUUCCCGAUGAUGAUGAGCGGGUACAACUACCCGAUGGGCUAUCCCAUGGUCUAUGACCCCAACAUGGUCAGUCCCUUCAUGAUGCAGAAUAUGCCCAUGGUCAACGGCGUGCAGGUCCUCCCGAUGCCCAUGUUCUCCCAGCUCCCCAUGCAGAGCGUCCCCGGCGUCCCCAACGUCCCCGGUAUGUCCAACGUCCAGGGUGUACAAGGCGUGCAGGGAGUGCAAGGCGUGCAGGGAGUUCAGGGAGUCCAGGGCGUGCAGGGCGUGCAGGGCGUGCAGGGCGUGCAGGGCGUUUCGAACGUGGCGAACACGCCGGGCAGUCCGAGCGUCUCCAAUGUUCAGGCCAUGCCGAUCCAGAGCGUGCCUGGCGUUCCGAUGCAAAGCGUGCCUGGCGUUCCGAUGCAGAGCGUCCCCGGCGUGCCCAUGCAGAGCGUGCCCGGUGUGCCCAUCCAGGGCGUGCAGGGCGUCCCCGGCGUUCCGAUGCAGAGCGUUCCGGGCGUCUCCAUGCCGGGCGGCGUGCCGAUCCAAGCCGUGCCCGGCAUGGUGGGCCCCGCCGCCGCGCCCGCGCCCGGCAACCCCAACCCCGCCAGUCCCGGCCACGGCGUGGAGGACCGCGGCGAGGGCGGCGGGCUGCCCGCGGGCGAGAACCCCGCGUCUGCGUUCUCGGACGACGCGGACGCGCACGAAGAGGCGGAGGAAUUGCCCGGCGAAGACGAUCCGAACGCAGGAUACAAAGACAAGAUGGAGUACGGCGCCUCCAUGCCGCUCUCGGGCAUGAACAACGCGCCGUAUCACGACGCGGCGAUGCGGCCGAUGCCUCACGGGUACGAGAUGAACUACCCGCAGGAAAGCGUGCAGGAAAUGGGGAACCGAAUGCCCUUCCAGAAGCGAUAUCGACAGCCCAAAGAGCGAGGCGGCGUGAAUCGCCAGCCGCGCGGAGGAAAUCGGACGGGCCACGAGGGUGGCGCGUAUGGAGAAAUGGGAGAGCCGAAGCCGCGUCGAAAUCCAAAGCAACAAGGCAUGCAAGAGGGAGGGUAUCGGAACUAUCCGCAGAAAGGGUAUCCAUCGCAAAGACAGAUGCAAGGAAAGUAUAAUAACCGGAUUAAAGGCGGAGCAGAGGGAUAUCCAGAACCGAAUCGGCGCGAGGGCGGAAACCGAGUAAGAGCGAGAGAGGGGAAUGCUCAACAGCAUGAUGCUUAUUAAUGAUAGUAUU